GGGCCUUAAACAGGCCUGCCAAAUCAAAAAAAGGUAAAGCGCGCGCGUAAAAGGUCCAAUGAGAAAAAAAAACUUUUGGGAAUGGAAGGAGCAGCAAUGGCGAGCGCGGGUUUUGACGAUGAGUGGGACGCCGAUUUCGUGGACCAGCUUGUUCAAGCUGAAGAACAUGCCUUAGCCAUCUCCACCCAGAAAUCCUUUCCACCUCCACAACCACCGCCGCCGCAGCAGUUAUUAUAUUCGGCGGCGUCCUACGACGUCGGAGGUAGCUUUUCGCCUCCGCGAGAUUUGUCUCAGAGAGUAGUUCCCCAAGUACCUAGAGGUUUCAAUCACUCGUUGGAUUUCUCCGCUUUCUCCGGUAAUGCCGGGUCGGCUCUUCCUGUCAGCGGGGCCCACAAUGCUAGAGAUCAAGAGAUUGAUAAGUUGAAGAGGGAGCUUGAAAGAAUAUCAGAGCAGCGGAAUCGUCUGGUACUUCAUAUACCCUACCCACAAGGCCCACAUGAGCAAGAGUGCAUUGAGCUCAGAAAUGGAAGAGAUAAGAAAAAGAAGGGGCUUAAGUUUGAUUCUCAGAAGAUUGUGAACAUUAAUACAGAUUUGGGUAUCAACAUCCAAGGAGACCACAUCAAAUCUCUGGAACUCCAAAACGCGCGCUCCAUGAAUGACCAUAUUGGCUCUAGCACAAAAGUCGGUACAAUAUCCUCUAAGGAUGUCGGGAUCCAGACUGAAAGACAUGAUGAAUCUAUCAGUUUAUCAUCUGAAAGCAAAUUAUCUGAUACUUUUUGCCGUAGAAACAAGUUGUUGGAUGCAUGGAGCUCGUCUAGUGGCCAAAGAUUAGGAAGGCUUCUCAUUUCGAAGUUGUAUUCAACAUGUGAAGUUGAUUUCCGUGUCCUUUCUGGAUACCUGAACAUGAGUUUUCCCUUAAGGACAAGUACGGAGUCAAAUAUUUCUUUUAAGGAUAAUCUGCAGUAUACUCAUUCUGAUGAGAGUGCAAAAGUGUCUCAUCUUUUCUCUGUAUUGACCAAGAUUAAUGAUGAAAUGGUGAGAUUCGAAGAUUUGUUAGAAGCAUUGGUUGGUCUUUGCAGACUUAAAAAUGUUUCUAUUAUUCAUAGGUCUUUGCAUAUACUGCAAGAGGUUUUGAGUUUCACUUUCAAUAUGGAAGGAAAAUUUGGUAAUAGGGACAAUAUUGUGGUUGACGGGAAACCUACUUGUUGGAAUAAUGCGUCAGAACUGUAUGAGUAUGGAUAUCCUGGAAAUAAAGGGCUGCCCCAUGUCCAUGCUGAGAAAAUAUUUGAUCAAGCUGCUGAUGGCCUGAGAUUGGAUACGGGAUUCAUCAAUUGUGGAUCUAGCUGUUUGAUAUCAUCUUCUUUCAACUACAUUCCUCUGUUUGAAUUAAUGUGUGAGAUUGUCAUGAUUCAUGACGUAGAACAUGUAAGACUUGAAGCAGUUUCAGUCAUGAAUCUGAUUGUUGCAAGAAGUAAUGCCUACUUGGAGAGGGACAAAUAUGGAACAGAUAGACUAUUCCAAAGUACUGUAAAGUUAUUGAAGAAGGGAGCUCGCUUGCAUGUGAAGAGGAAAGCUGUGCAUCUUCUUCAUAUGCUACUAAAUUGUCCAACAGUAAUGGCCUCAUUCUGCAGCUGUUUGAUGGAGGGAGAUGGCAGUGGCAUGGUUGAUACCAAUUCCAAUAAAAGUUCAACUUUUUCCGUAAUCAGUGCAAUCUUUGAGAGUUUGGCAGAGUGUAUCACCUGCACUGGAAGUAAUACCGAGGAAUUACAGCUUCGGAGGCACACUAUCAUUUUGCUAGCUUUCUUCGCAUCAUCUGGAAAAUGUGGUGUUGAGAUUCUAUUAAAUUACGGGCUUCCCAAAGGAAAGGAUUUCCCUGCAAUUAUUUUGCAAAGCUUGGUAUGCGAUUUGGAUCUAGAAGAAUCGGAUACUGCUCAGCAGCCUGAAGUAUUCAAAGAGAGGACCUUGCUCGUUCGAGAGGUACUCAUACUCUUGAAUAGACUGGUUUCCCAUCCCAAGUACUCCAGCCAUGCUCUUCGGGCAUUAACAAACAGUCGAGAGAAGGCCACAUUGACUGUUGAUGUAACAAGCAGAUUAUCCAGUAAACAUACAUUCUUCUGGCAGGAUGUCAGCAUGACUCGGCAGAUUAGGGAAUCCGAAAUCAUAGAUUUAGCUCAGGUGUUGACUAGAAGAGUCUUCACGUUUCUUGGAGGUAGCAGCCAAUGAAAGAAGCUUGAAAACUAAAUUGUUCUGAAAAGUGCAGAAGCACCCAUGGAACUAUCGAGUUAUGAUAUUUGACAGCAACAGCCGUGGAGCAAUGUUGCAGCUUCUGUGCUGAGAUUCCUUUGAUUAGAUUUUCAGCAAAAGUUGCAUUUCUGAUCACUCUGAUAUAUAAGGUGUAGUGUAGGUAUCAAUUUUCUGUAUAUAUUUGUAAUGUAUUUUUGUCUUGGCCAAAAUAUAACGUUAGAUGUCGUAUUAAAUGUAUAAUUUUCUAGCUUGGGAGGAGAGGGAGCAGUCUUUCCAUUUGAGUCAUCCAACCCAUCAUUGGGAGGGGUAAUUUUUGUUGUUUUGGUUUCUCUCCCUAUGUAACCCUUAAAUAGUUGCAUUUCCAAUCACCCUAUAUUCAUCAAGACGAAGAUGUUUAAAGAGACUAUUAUAUUCAUUAAGAUAAAGAUGAACAUGUUUUAUAGGGAAUAUUUACUAUAAUUUCUUUUG